GGAAGAUGAAGAGGCCAUGCGCCAAUUUCUGCCAACCUCCUUCGGGAAACAAGAUACUUCCGUAAACAUCGAGGCGCAAAUCGAGCGGUGUCGGCGCAAAAUCGUGGACGAGCGGAAACAGGUCACGAUGGGCAAGGAAUCAGGAUCGGACGGUGACAAGGAUUCCGAUGACGAUGACAGCGACGAGGAUGAGGAAGAGGAGGACGAAUUCCCAGUUUCUCACGAGCUGAUCUUCAAGACACAUGAGCGACCCGUCACUACCAUUACUCUCGACCCGUCGGGUACACGCCUUGUGACAGGCUCGACUGAUUGCACACUCAAGCUACACGAUUUGUCGGCACUCACGCCGACGACGAUACGCGCGUUCAAGACGGUCGACCCAUUCCAAACGAAGCCUUCCGCGGCUGCAGAAUCGCAUUCGAUACACCAAGUCCUCUUCAGCCCGCUCUCCGGCGGCCAGUUCCUCGUAAUAACAGCGAAUCCGCAAGCGCGGUUAUUCAGCAGGGAUGGCGACAUGAUAUCGGAGUUCGUGAAGGGGGAUAUGUAUCUGAGGGACAAGGCGAAUACCAAGGGACACACCUCGGAGGUCACAAGCGCAGCAUGGCAUCCGUGGAAUCGGGAUCGCUUUGUGACUGCAGGGACGGACAGUACGGUCAGGAUAUGGGAUGUCAAUAAGAGGAUGAAGCAGGAGGAGGUUAUUGUGCACAAGUCGAGGGCAGCUGGCUCGGCGGGCAUGACAAGAAUGACUGCUAUCGCUUGGGGUCCCGCGGGUGAUGGGAAUAGCAGCAUUAUUGUCUCUGCUGCACUUGAUGGCAGCCUCGUUAUGUGGAGCGGAGAGGGUCCAUUCCAUCGACCGAAGGGAGAGAUUCGAGAUGCGCACGCAAAGGAUACCUGGACGAGCGGUCUCGACAUCAGCGCAGACGGACGCCUGGUGAUCACACGAGGAGGCGACGAUACUAUCAAGCUUUGGGAUACGCGAAAGUUCAAAUCGCCCCUCAACAUAGUAUCGCAUGCUUCCAUAUCAUCUCAAUACCCGACAUCAAAUAUCAAGUUCGCGCCCAACUCCUCCAGCGUCAUCACCGGCUCUGAAACCGGCCACCUCCACAUUCUCAACCCUGCUACCCUCCGCCCAGAGCUCGUAACGCCAGUAACGCCAGGAUCGCCUCUCAUAACGGUGAAUUGGCACCCAAAGCUCAACCAAAUCUUCACAGGAUCCGCCAAUGGCCAGACUACCAUCCUUUUCAAUCCCAACCUCUCCACAAACGGUGCCCUUACCAUUCUGAGCAAAGCGCCCAAAAAGCGCCAUCUCGACGACGACCCCAAUUUCACCACCGACAUGGACCCACUCGGCAUGGCUGGCGACACGGUGGAACUAGGCGGCAAACCCGGACCCACGCCAGGCUCCUUUGCAGCCCGCCAUCCCACCGUCGGCCUCACAGCAUCAGGAAAGUCGCGCGAUCCGCGGCGACCGCAUAUCCCGGCCACUACUCCCUUUGCGAAGUCUACACCUGACGAACGUUAUGUGAGGGAGAAUAUUGAGCUAAGCAGUAUGCGGGAUGAGGACCCGAGGGAAGCCCUACUAAAGUAUGCGCCGAAGGAGGGAGAGAAGAAUGUUUUUACUGGCGCGUGGGAUAAGAGUCAACCGAAGCCCAUUUUCAAGGAUUAUGAUAGUGACGAGGAGGAGCCGGAUGCGAAGAGGGCUAAAAGGUGAGGUGUCGGUCACAAAAGUAGUUGGAGUUGGACUGUGAAUAUGCAUUGCUGGCGUUGGAGGGAAUUGGAAAGCAGAUACCCAUAGUCAAUUAAAGGGGCAUUCAAUAGCUUGAAGGUGGCUAUAUGGUCGGACUACUCGGG